AUGUCUUCCAUCUCAUCGUCAAAUCGCUACUCAAUCGUAGAGCCACAUCCAUCGGUUCCAGCAUCCCACUACUUCACCACAGGCCGGGGCGGAGCUGGUAACCGGGUAAAGGCACCGAGCUCAGUAACACGCGGCAGCGACGCAUCAGGGCCGGCGGCACGAGUGAACCUAGCCACACACUACAACCCACCCAAGACAUUCACCACGGGUCGCGGCGGCGCCGGCAACGUGCACCCCAGCUCCGAGCGCGCCAUCUUCUCCUUUGACGAGGAGCUCGAGCGCCAACUGUCGCAAGAACGACACGCCGCCCCCGUCUACCACGUCGGACGCGGCGGCGCCGGCAACGUCUCGUCGUCGUCGUCGUCGUCGUCAUCGGGCUCUUCAGCCUCGCAGAAACACAAUGUCGGCAGUAUCUCUGGCUGGGCCAGCCAGAGGCGGCGCAGCACCGACAGGGAAUCCUUCGCCUCGUCGGGUUCCACCUCAAGCGAGUCUGGCGCUGACUACGUCAACCGCAACCUGAAGAAGGGCUUCAAGAAGAUGUUGGGCUCCGGCUACUAA